AUGUCACUCGCACUCGGACCCACCGCACAGCUAGCGCUCCCCCUGCAAUGUGCUGGGUGGCAAAGAUUUGUGAAAUGUGCUGAGAAAUGCACAGAUAUGCUCCUUCCGAGCCGAGAAGUCGACUUCGCCGCUUUUAUACAAAGUGUUACUUUUUGCAUCAUAAUUACUGGGUUUUAUGGCGUAGACCCUGGAACCCUUUCCCCUGUCGAUGUCGCCUUCAUGACCAGCGCACUCAACCACCAUUCGGAUGGUAUCUUGCGGCAAACUCCCCAUUAUCCUGGCGAACUUUACGCGAUGAGGGAACGUGUUUGUAGAUGGGUCGGGGGAGAGCGUGCCUCUCAGGCCUUGGAAACUAUUCUUCCCGCGUAUGAGUCUAUGUGGCGUCUAGCUGCUGUCACAUUGGCCUAUGCGAAUGGUAACCAACACAUGCAUAAUGCCUUCCUAGAUUUCAGCGAGAAUCCCACCCAGAGACAGUUCCGUUCUUUCAAAGUCAAGAACACUCGGCCAAGCGUAGAAGCCAUCAUCAAUGAAGUCCUGAGGUUGCACCCACCCGUUCAGCGCAUUGCACGCAAAAGUCGACACCCCUUGUGGAAGCGUAUUUUUUAUCCUGCGCAAGAGAUAGCUGACGUCGAAGCUGUUCAUCGCUCGUGUGUAUAUGGCACACGUCUAGAGACCUUCGAUGCGAUGCGCUUCCAUCCUCAGCAUGAACGUCCAGUCGAGAUGCAACUACUUGCUUUUGGACACGGCGGGCUAAGCUGCGUCGCGGAAGAAUGGGCGCCAAUGGCUACAGCGCUCAUUGUCGCCAAGAUUAUGGACAGAGUGGAUGAUGCAUUCGAUGCAAGGAUGUACCGAAAUACGAGGACAGGCUGGGAUGGGUGGGCGGUCAGAAAGAAAGAGAAGGGGAGGGAUUCUUGA